UCUGUGGUUCACAAGUGUGUAAUUUGCAGGAAACUCCGUAAACCCUCCGCCCAACAAAUCAUGGCCGACCUAACUGCAGACAGAGUUGUUCCAUCACCCCCGUUGCAGUCCUAGGAGUAGAUGUCUUUGGCCCUUGGAAUGUAGUGGCACGCAGAACAAGGGGAGGAUUAGAUGGGCCGUAUUAUUAAGCUGUCUCACAUCUAGGGCAGUUCAUAUCGAGAUCAUCGAGGAUAUGAGUAAUUCAUCAUUUACCAAUGCUCGAGCCCUAGCUUAAUACAGAAAAGAAUGCCAUUGAAUUUCCAUUAUUUCUGCAGUUUAUUUCUGACCAUUGAAACCCCAUUGCUUUUCCAGUUACCAAGAUGUCGCAUAAAAGGGCAUUAUAUAUUGUCUACCAAGAAAAACCAUUGAAUUUCCAGUUUCCAGUUAAACUACACAGUGAAAACUCAGUGAAAGUCUAUUGAAAGUACACCAUUGAAAAUGAAUACUUAUGCAAAUUAGUUUGCACCAGUUAAAUGAUGUCAUCUUUCAAUGCUAAAUUAAUGGAGAAAGGAUGGUUUACUCAAAUGCAUUGAAAACCCAUUGAUUUUCCAUUGAUUAUUAUUUGAUUGCUUAAGUUUAUAGAAGAUAAGUAGGUCAAGAUCAAGUUGCAUCAUAAGAUAACCCUGAACAUUUUGCAGCUAGAAUACUGACCCAGAAAAAAAUUCAAAUCUCCCCUUAAUGCUUCUUAUAAUGUAAUUUUCUGUACAAAAUUCAGUUGAGCAAUAAAUAACUGGACAACUGAAUUGUGCUUGAUAUAAAAAGGUAAAUAUUAUCUAAAUGCUCUCAUGCAUACUUACAUGCAUAAUUAAAUUAUUUAAUAGUUUAUUGACUUCAAAAUACAAUCUAAAAUGGUAGACAUGAAGCUAUAUUACAUAACUCUUUUUUUCAAUACAUCCAUGCACUAGCUGCUUGCAACACUUAAUUAAAUCACUUGAUCUUGCAAGAUUUGUAUCUAUUAAUUCGAGGACCCGUGAGGGAAUUUCGAUCUGACCAUGGGACAAACUUCAUAGGUACAUUAGACAGCAUCAACGUUCAUGCUGUUUUUGUUGAGUCUGGACCUGUCAAGAAGUUUCUCUCCGCUAAUAGAGCCAAAUGGACCUUUAAUCCACCCCAGGCAUCCCACAUGGCUGGAUCGUGGGAGAGAAUGAUUGGAAUUGCUAGGAAAAUUCUGGAUGUUAUUCUACUCAACCCCAAAACCAAGGAACUAAUACUCAUGAAGUGUUGUGUAUGUUUAUAAUAUUGAUUUUUCUGUCAGGGAAUAUUAAAAUAGAUUACAUGUUAAUUAUUCAUUUUGAUAUGUGGCAGAACCUUUUCCAGUCAUGUUAUAUUAUGAGGGUGGUCUCUUUGAGAUUUAAGUUCAAUGAUUAUCCAUGUAAAAAAAGUAAGAAAUACCCACACAACUAUCUAUAGCUAUUUAACAAAAGGGAUACUUGAAUCGCCUUUAUAUAUCGCAAUAUAUGUUAUCAUGCGUUUUCAGAUCUUUUAAAAGAAUUGCAAUGUGUUUACUGUAAAUAGUUCUCAUAUUCUGAAGCGUCAUUCUAACCAAUGCAGAAGUGUAACUUAAUUUACUGGAAACUUUGAGCGUCUCUUCUGUUGUUCCAAUGCCUGCAUUGAGCAACUCUUCAGUCUUCCAAUGCCUGCAUUGAGCGUCUCUUCAGUCUUCCAAUGCCUGCAUUGAGCGACUCCUCAAUCGUCCAAUGCCUGCAUUGAGUGUCUCUUCAUUUUUCCAAUGCCUGGAUUGAGCGACUCCUCAGUCGUCCAAUGCCUGCAUUGAGCAACUCUUUAUUCAUCAUUGCAAUCAUCCAAUGCAAGCAAUUAGUACCACUCAUUCUUCACCCAAUGCAGGUAUUCCUUCUGUCCAAUGAAAGCACACUGGAUGCAUAUAAUGCCAUUGCCCAUAUGCAUAAUAAAAUGUAUAUUGCAGUUUCUGCAUUGCUUCAAUGCUGAGUUUUAACUCUAAGAAAAUAUUCCAAAUAAGGAACAUGAGGUCUAAAACAUAAAUAUUUUAAUUCCCGUUAUCACAAAACUGAAUGACAAAGCAAGGAAUGGUUUUAUCAGAAUGUCGCAAGAAAAAUUCACAUAUUUUGCUGAUAUUUCGAAUGGAUACUUGGCGUGUUUCUGUGAAUUGCCUUAAUUAACGCAGAAAAAUCAGAAAAAAAUGGUUGAGACAAAUAAAAAAAAUAGUGUAGACUGCAUUUAAGUAAAUAUAUGUACCGUAGCUUUUACCAAACGCCCCUCAUGUUAUGAUUUAUCAUUAAAUUUUUGAUUUAUUCAGGCAAAAUUAGAAAGGUUAGCCUCUCUCCAACAGUGUUAAUCAGUUAAUUAACUAUCGCGAAAUAUUUCAAUAUUGAUUUGAAAAAUCACAAUCUAUUUCUAAAUGUGCAUUAUAUCUGACAGUCAUUUAUACAAACUGUCAAAAUUAAUUGCAUGCUUGUCUUUAAAAUUCAAAUUUCAUAUGAUUUAUUUUCAGGCGAAAUUUUAUUACCCCAAAUAAAUAUAAUUGUUUCCAGCGUGAAAUUCCAUAAAAGUGUAUAUACACAAGAACUUUGCUACUGUUUUCCCCUUGUGCAAAAUUUUAAUAGAGACUUAUACAGAAGGUGUUGACAUUUUCUGAUUACAGAUGUGUGUUAUGUCUAUGAACUAGGACACACAUAUAUACAUCGUAUUUUGAUUUUUUAAAAUCAUACAAUAGUUAGGAAUAAAGGUGUUUAUGAACAUAUUUUUGUUAUCUGUCCUCACCACUACCUCAUCAGUUAAAGAGGUUCGCUCCUUAGGUUUUGGGUAGCCAUUUUGGGUCACCUCUUGUCUGAAAAUCCUGCAUCACAUAUUAAUUCUAGUAGUAUUGUUAUAUAUUAGAAUGCCAAAUAAACUUUACUGAAUAAAUUUUUUUUAAAACAAUUACAUUUUAACAGAGUUUAGUUAGGGACUAUAUUUUGUGGCGGAAGGUUCUCAAUACUGUCAUGAACAAUUUUCAAUACUCACUAGUUUUAGAGUAUUGUUACUUUAGCUUUCUAAUUUUCAGCGCAGACCAAACUUCUAGAUAGUUUGUAUAUUACGAUAUCUUCGUGAUGUUCUAAAAACAUAUUCAAAGAAUAUUUUGAUAUUUCUAUCGAUAUAUAUUGGCAUACACAUGUAUUUAGCUUAUAUUUUAUAGAAGUGAAGAAAAAAGUACACUCCAAUUUUGGCCUAAAAUUAUCUUAUUUCAUGCUAUAUCUCACAUUUUUGAGAUGUGACCCCUAUUUGAUUUACUAUUAAAUGCAUGUCUAAUUGUAUGCAAAGUUUUGGAAAGAUGACAUUACUAUGGGUUUUUUUAUUUGCGUCAUAAUUUGAUUACCUGGUACUCCAAAAUUUUGUAACAUCUGUUGUUGUGUUCAUUAUGUACUGACCUUUGAAGCCACCAGUAAAGCAAGAAUUUUUAAAUUUUGACUUAGAUUUUACUUUUAUGGUCACUACAUGUGUUCAACUUCAUGCUGUAUUAAAAUCAUAACUAAAUAAUAGUUCAAACUAUAAAUAUUUGUUUGAUUUCUUCAAAUUAUCAAUUUCCGUGUCAAAGUUUAGCAAAAAUUUCUGGAAAAUUAUUAUUUCUGUUUAGGGCCAUAUAUAUCCAAAAUAUGGCAUGUGACAUGGGACACAAGUAAAAUAAAUGAACAUUUUAGGUCCCUAUCCUUAUAUCCAAGUGGUUUUCGGGUGAUUGACAUUACUAUUAUUUCAGGUGCCAACCUCCUUAAACAUUUUUUUUUUUAAACCUGAUAGUAUACUAGUAUUCCCUGUACCCAAUAGCACAAACACUUCAAAAUAAUUAAAAACUUAUUCUGUACAAGAACACGCAUUUACAAUUAUUCAUAUGUAUCCAUAACCUUUUAAGUGAAUAUUUUAUUUUCUAAGUUGCUGAGAUAUUUUUUUUUACCCAGGCUAGCGAUUUAGAAAAUGUUAACCUAUGAUACCAUUAUGUUAUUCAUCAAAUUACAUUGCGAGUUAAUAGCAUAUUAAGAUCAAUUACAAGAUGACAUCAUCAUUCUAUAUGACUUCUUAAAUAAAGAAAAUAAAUAUAUAGAUAGCAAAAAUGUUUUAGACAACAGAGUUUUGUUUGUUUUUUUGGUUAUAAUUUCUAAACAGUAUAAUUUUGACUUAUCAAAUUCCACAAAAAGGUUUGGAAUUAAAAGAAAAUUGUUUUGAAAUGUUAAUUAAUGUUGCAACUGCGCACCAAAAAACUAUAAAAACAGCCACAAACAAACAUAAUGAAUAAGUGUUAGUGAUCCUUGAUAAAAGUAGGCAAGUUAUCGAUCAUGGCAGGGCGAGUUUUAUUGGUUACUUUGGUUAGACAGCGUAAAAUACAGAAAAUGAAUCAAAUAGUGAUAGUGAAUUGACUAUCUUUGAAGUACCUUUUUUACGCAAAGUAAAUUUUUAACAAAAAACUUUUAGAUAAAGUCUUUCAUGACAAUUAUUACAAACAUCACAUAAUAGAAAUCAAAUGUUUUUGUUUCAUGUCAAAACGUGUGGUAUUUACAACGAAAAAUAUUGUUGAUAUGUUUACGCUUCAACAAUAUCAUGCUUCUUUAUUUUCAUGCUUAAUAUAUAUACAUGUAAUAGAUUAAACCUUUGCUAUAAUUGCAAUACGUUAAGAAGUUAUUCAUUUGAAAAAAAUGAAAUAAAAGAAGAUGAGUGGAUAAGGCGUGUAAAAUGCCCAUACACCAUCCGACAAGCUACUGAAAUAUUAAAAUAUCAAUGAAUCUGAUUUUUUUUAACAAAAAUAAUUUAAUACAAGAUAUAUUUAACAUAUCAUUGAUUUGUAACAAAUAACUAUGUUCAAUUCUUGGAAUAUGUUGGCUCAAACAGGCGUAUACUAUCAAAACCUGCAAAUUAUCUCAUUUUUUAGAACUUCAAGGUAUUUUCUUUCAUAGAGUGGGUCUGUGCUCCAUUUUUUUCCUCAUAAUCUAAAUAAAGUCUAAUGGAAAACAAACCGAUUUCAGUCAACAAAAAUGUGGAGAGAUGACCCACUAUACAUUAAGAAUAUCAUUUUGUGUCCCAACAAUUGAACGUUUUGAAAAAAUAAUACAAGUCCGUAAAUUCGUGGCCAAAGUCACACAUAGUAUUUGAGCAGCACACUUUAUUGUGUCUGAAAUGACUCAGUGGUAUCUUAUCCCCCAAUCUCCUUUAAAAACAUCACUGAAAAUUGGUUCAUAAUAUAGAUGCAUAUAGCUCUAAAAUUGACUAAACAACACAAACGUUGUCAUGCAAUUGAAAGAAAGGAAAGAGUAUUAAAAUUAUUUUCAUGAUUUCCAAAUGAAUUACAAUGUAAGAGCAAAUCUGAAAAUUCAAUAAGAUAGGAAAAAUAAGAAAGGUAAGGAUAGCAUAUUGCGUUAAAAUGUUGUCAUAUAAAACAAAGUAAGAAGCCCUAAUGCAUAAGUAAUUAAGACAUAUACGGUGAUUAGCAAUAGUCGACCCAUUAAUGAGAGAAUCUCCGAUGCGUUACUCAUUAAACAUAUAAAAGGUUUUGACGAGAAUCUUGUUAUCAAUUGUUAAAAAAACAUUAGGUAAGAGAUUGUUGUUUAAAUUUUGUAAACAUUCGAGUAAAUACAAUGUAUUUAAUUCGUAUCGAACCAUUCAUUUGGUAAGAAAGAAUGGCUAAAGCAUUGGACUUUGUCAAUUGUCGAAAUUAUUAUCAAAAAACUGGAAAAAGGAUUUCCUAUUAGUUAGUAAACCCGUAAACAAUCAUAUCCACCGGCAACAUAUGUUUACAAAGCACAUGCUUUUGCCUUUCAGGAAAGAACAAUGCAGUUUUUCUUUACCUUAGUGCUGGUACUAGCCACUUGGUGUGGUCUUCACUGCCAGCAUUUAGACGAUUUGCGGCAACGGGAAGGAGGAAUGGGUAGAGUAGGGGGUGGAUUGUGUGGGAGCUGUCGCAGGACGUACAGACCCGUCUGUGGGGUGGACGAAGAAACUUAUCUCAACAACUGCUUUGCUCGCUGCAGCCGAGUUCCUGUGCAAUGCUACAAGCGCUGUCCCUGCUCCUCCAACAGUGCGUGUGACAGGUGCCCUGUCCACUACUCACCAGUCUGUGGCACGGACGAACAAACCUACGACAACCAGUGCUUCGCUCAGUGCAGCGGCACCAUAGUAAGGUGUAGAGGAACAUGCCCAUGCUCCUCUCACAACUGCGCAUGCCCGUACACAUACCGCCCAGUAUGUGGAUCUGACGGCCAAACCUACCCUAAUGAAUGCCAAGCCAGCUGCAGGGGUAUAUCCGUGAGGUGUGAACAGCGGUGUCCCUGCAUUGACAAUUGCGAUUGCCCACAAAUAUAUCGCCCGGUCUGUGGAGAUGACAGAAGGACCUACGAAAACAGCUGCGAGGCUCGCUGCAGGGGCGUGUCUAUUCGAUGUGAGGGGAAUUGUCCGUGUUCUAACUGUGCCUGUCCACGGAUCAACGACCCGGUGUGUGGCAGCGAUCUGAGGACCUACACCAACUCUUGUUUGGCCCGCUGCAAUGGAGUUAUAAGAUACACAAGAGGAAGAUGCUAAAGGGUACAGGAAUUCCUGUGAGAAAUGAAGAUAUCAUAGGUCCUUCUAACUUAUUUAUGUAUCAAUAAAAAUAAAAAUGUAUGAAAUUAAAAACAAUUCUAUAUCUGUGGCCUCUCUGUGACUCCCGUGGAUUGUGUGUGUACAUGUACAUUGAACACACACGUUUACAGAAAUCUUCAAAUAAAUCUAAAAUAUUUUAUAUUUGUUCCUUUUAAAGUAUAUUAUGUAGAAUUUAAAGGGAUCUGGACACGAUUUCAGAUGAAAAUUUUAUUUUUGAUUUCUAUGUAUAAAAUAUU